AUGGCGAUGAUUUCGUCGCGUCGAUCGACGCCGACGCCGGCGCCGAACGCGCGCGCGGUGGCGCCCGUCGAGGGGGUCGAACGCGACGCGUCGCCGGAAGAGUAUAUUCGUUCAACGCGCGCGACGGUGGACGACGCGACGGGCGCGGACGUCGGCGCGGACGGCCGAGGGGUCGGAAGGGGGGUGGACGACGCGGACGAGACGUACACGCGGGCGGAGGUGCGCGCGCACGACGGCGGCGACGAUUGUUGGAUGAUCGUGCGCGGAGAGGUGUACGACGUCACGGCGUGGGUGGAGAAACACCCGGGUGGACGGACGGUGUUGGAACAGUACGCGGGGCGGGACGCGACGGAUGCGUUCACGGCGUAUCACGGUGGUGAACGCAAGGUGCUCGCGCGGUUGCGAACGAUGCGCGUGGGAACGGUCGCGGAGGGCGAGACGCCGACGCCGACGCACUUGAAGGGGUUCAGGGAGAUGCGAGAGAUGAUGGAGGGGGAUCACAAGAUGUUGAGGAGUUCGUUUUCGGAUUACGCCUUCGUCUUGGUGCGCUUGGUCAUCUUUUUCGGCGGCGCGCUGGCGUGCGUCUUGGCGCCGGGCGCCGGGUUCAAGACGCACAUGCUCGGCGCGGUCUCCCUCGGGUUGUUCUGGCAACAAUCGAUGUUUAUCGGUCACGACGCUGGACACAGUUCGAUCACGUUCAACCGCAGCUCGGACGCGAUGAUCGGUUGGACGGUCGGUAACUUGUUUAACGGCGUCGGCAUCGCGUGGUGGAUGGCGACGCAUAACGUCCAUCACUGCGCGUGCAAUUCGCUCGAAUGCGAUCCGGACAUCCAGCACAUGCCUGUUUUAGCGGUGAGCGAGAAGUACUUCAAGUCGGUGUACUCAUUGUAUCACAGACGUCGCAUGACGUACGAUCGCGUCGCCAGGUUGCUCGUGAGGUAUCAACAUCUCACGUUUUAUCCGAUUAUGGCUGUCGCGAGGAUCAAUCUCUACCUGCAGACGUUGAUCUUCUUGUUCAAGGCGAAGCGCGUGCGUAACCGGGGGAUGGAAUUCUUGACCUUGGGCAUGUUCGCCGCGUGGCUCUCCGCGCUCAUCGCGCAAUUGCCGAGCGGACAUCGGGUACCAUUCUUCUUUCUCUCGCACGCCGUCGCGGGGAUCAUCCACGUCCAGAUCUGCCUCUCGCACUUCUCCCGAGACGUCUUCGAGGGACGACCCGAGAACGACGAGUGGGUGAAGAUGCAGCUUUCCGGAACGAUGGACAUCGAGUGCCCGCGCUGGCUCGAUUGGUUCCACGGCGGUUUGCAGUUUCAGGUUGAGCACCACUUGUGCCCGCGCGUGCCAAGACACAAGCUUCGCGAGUUCCGCGAGACCGUCGUCAAACCCUUCGCGGAAAAGAAUGGAUUACAGUUACAUUCCGUCGGGUUUUGGGCCGCCAAUCUCGAGGUGUUUCGAACGCUCAAGCUCGCCGCGAAGCAAUCCAGAUGGGCGCCGCACUUCUCGGCGGCGACGCACCUCUGA